AUGGCGAGGCGCUUGGCGCUUGUCAUGGCAGGGAUGGCGAUGGCGAGCGCCAACCUGAGAGGAGGAGGAGGAGGAGGAGGAGGAUGCAGGCUUCGAGGAGGACUGCAAGCUGAGGAGCCGAAGGGAGCGCUGCCGCUGCCAUCGAAGCUGAACAGGAGAGAGAGCUCUGGCCUUUGGGCUUCGCCAUGGGGCACAAAGGGGCAGGGUACGGAGGACGAUCGCAGCUUGAGAGGCACAUGGACGAGCAUGCGGAAGAGGAUGGCGUACCUGGAGUACCGCUUCUCCAACAUCGUCGUCUCCUCCAACACGGUCAAGGCAGCGUUCAUCUUCAGCAUCUCCCUCGUCCUCGUCGUCGUUGGCGGACUCAUCCUGCGGUGUGUGGGGAACGUCGGCUCCUGGAGGAAUGCGCUCUUCAAGGCCUACGCCCUUCUCAACAACGCUCCUGGCAUCGACGCGGUUUCCGAGGAGUCCACGGGGUACCUGGUAGCUGCCAACGUGCUGUUCGUGUCCGGUAUUUUCACCUUCGCCGUCAUCCUCGGACUCGUCACUUCCUCCAUCGAGAUGUCAGUGCAGAACAUCCUUGAGGGGAACUACAGGAUCGUCGAGGCCGGCCACACCCUCCUCCUCAACUGGAACAGCAGAACGACCCCCCUUCUCCGGCAGCUGGCAGAGGCCGUGAAGGACGGGUACUCCGCCCUCCCCAUCGUCAUCCUUGCGCAGAUGGACGGGAAGGAGAUGCGGCAGAGGAUCCAGGAGAGCCUGAGAGACGUCUACCUCCCUAUCAGCGUCAGAGCAGGCAACCCGUGCUCCCUCAACGAGCUGCAGGACGUCUGCGCCGGGGAGGCCAGCCACGUCCUGCUCCAGUACCCUGAAGGAGAGGAGGACGAGGAGAAGGUCCUGUCGACGCAGGUCGCAUGCGUGAGGACACUGCAGGAGAAGCAUCAGCCCAUGAAGAGCAUGGGAUACAAGCUCCACGACCUGCACGGCGUCAUGGUCUCGUCCUCCCGGCUGGAGCUCGCCCCCGAGCUCGGGUUCGUCCCCGUCCUCCGCAACGGGUUCACACAGCAGGUGAUACGAGCAUGCAUGACGCUGCAGGGCAUCACCGACGUGUACGAGGACAUCCUGCAUGCGGGAGAGGGGAGCCAGAUGUACGUUCUCUCCUCCUCCACCUGGUCAUGGCUGGAGGGGAGGACGUUCGGGGAGGCCAGGCGGCUCUUUCCUUCAGCGGUGCUGCUGGGAUGGAUAGAGGACGGGAGCAAGAGGAUUCAGCUGAUACCCGACGGAGAAGAGACAGUUCCUGGCAGCAGCCUGCUCAUUCUGCUGUCCAGCGACCACAGCAUCCGGUGCAACAAGCAGGUGGUGGUGGGCAAGGAUGAGAUGGAAGGGAAGGGGAGGACGAAUGAGCAGGAGGAGCAGGACACCCAGAGGAAGGAGAGGGUAGUGAAGAAGCUUGAGAGGUGCUUCUCUUGCAUGAAGAAGAAGUUUGCCCUCCGCGUCCUCAUCCUCAACAUGGGGGAGGAGGAAAUGCUGCUGCAGAGCAUGGAGGAGAGUCUGGCGCCCGGCUCCUCCUUGGUCGUCCACUUCUCAUCCUCGGACAAGUCUGAGGGGCAGGAGAAGGCGAUCAGAGAGAUGGGACAGAGGAGGAACAUCUCGACCGAGCUGCUCUACGGUGGGUUCCUCACCAUGGAGAAGCUCAGGGAGGUGAGGGCUGCGGAGUGUGACGUCGUCAUCAGCCUCCCCUCCGCCUCCUCCAGCGCCGCCGACACCAACGAUGCUCAGCUAGUCGCCCUUGCCAAGAUGAUCGUCUCCUGCCGCAGGAGGAGCGCGCGGGAGGGCGUCGUCCUUCCCCUCAUGCACGUCAUCGCCUGCGUCGAGCAGCCGACGAGCGUGGAGCUGGUGGAGGAGGCGCUGAAGCAGCAGGGGAUCUCCUUGGAGUGGCUAAUGCCCAACGAGCUCGAAGCUGGAGCGCUCGUCCAGAUCCUGCGGAGCCCGUACCUCUCUUACGUGUAUGACGACAUUCUCCGUGCUUCCACCGCGCAGCUCACCCUGCUCUCCCCUCACGCGAUCCUCCCCCACGACGAGGAGGUUGAGUUCGCUUUCCUCUCCGAUUGCUUCUUGGAGAGGAGCGCAAUUGCUCUCGGUGUGCGAUGGUCGGACGGAAAGGUGGAGUUGAGUCCUGACAGGAGGAAACUCUUCAAGUUUGGCAAGAAAGACAAGAUAGUCGUGCUGCAGCAGGUGAAGGGCAGCUGA